AAUUAAUAAAGAUGUUUAUAAAAUUAAUAAUAAUCUCAAUAAUAAUACACUAAACCAUAUAAAGACUAGUUUUCAUCUAGAGUCUCUUUAGACAUGGAGCCCGAUACCCAAUGUCAAAAUAUUACGAUUGGGAAGAACAGUAAAUGUUUCACGGUCAAUUGUCUCCAGUGGGUUAUCGUUAACACUACAAUUUAGGUAAGUAACUUAGAAAAGAAUAUAUUAUCGAUUAAUAAUUCUUGAGUCCUAACUACAAUUAUUAAGAAAUUUAAGUCAGAAGUACAGACGUAGACAGAACUAUAUCAAGUGCCUAAAGCUAGUUAAUAGGCUUGUAUCCUUAAGGGUUUAGUAUUCCGUAAAACUUAAAUCCUGAUUAUAAAAGACCUCCUUAUUAAGGGGCUUAAGAUGACCAAUAAAAUUUAUAAGAAUUUUCUUUGCCUCAUAAUUUGAGUGCUAUUCCUAUACAUGUAAGAGAUGAAAUGGAUGAUUUGGAGCUUUAGCCUUGGAAUAGAUGUGAUGAAUACGUAAAUUUGGUUAAGAAAUUUAAGGAUUAGAAUAUUUAAUUAGCUUAAGAAUUUAACAAAAAUUUUACUCAAUUAUACUAAAAAUUAACUUCUAUACUAAAUUAAGAAAUAAACAACUAUUCUUAAUUAGGAGGUGUUUGGGGAGGAGUUUACGAUGUUUUUAUCGCAAAUUUAUAUAAUGCAAGAAGAAUUCCAGAUUAGUUAACUAGAGAAGAAUUAGAAAAUAUAAAGUUUGUGGAUAGCUUUUCUUGGUUUUUUGGAGAUUUUGGAACUGAAUUAGGAACUAAGCUAUUAGUUACACCUUUUUUGAAGCAUUUAGUUGAUAAUUUUGAAAAUAAAAUUAAUGGGAAAUAUAGUAAUCUUAAGAUGAUGAUGUUUAGUGCACAUGAUAGUAACUUAUCUAUGAAUAUGAGGGCUUUUAAUUUUUCGAGCUAUUAAUGCUUACUUUAAUAAAAGUUUGGGGGUAAUAGAUAGUCUAUAAAUUGUGAAUUGAGACCUGAAUUUGCUUCAAGUAUAUUAUGGGAAUUGCAUUAAGAUGACGUUUCUUAGGAUAAAUAUUUUAUAAAAAUCAAAUACGAUGGGAAGUAUAUGAAUUUGUGUGAAAAAGAGAAUAUUUAAUGCGAUUAUUAGGAGCUUAAAAACAGAAUUAUGAAUUAUAUUUCAAAGGAUUAUGAUGGAGAAUGUCUGAAUAAAAAAAGUUAAAAAGUCGAAAAACUUUAAAGUUUUUAAAUUACUAAUGAUGAUAAAAAAACUGAAUAUAUUAUUAUUGGAGUAUAAUCGUUUGUUAUUUUUGGAUUGUUAUUGUCUAUUGCUUUUGUUAUUUUGAGAUAUAAAUAAAAAAUAAAAUAGAACGUUUAAAGUUAAGUUGAUAUAGGGUUUAUUCAAAAUAGCUGAUUAUUUAAAGUUUAUACAAAAAUAUUUUAAUUUUAAAUAAAUUAAAACUUUUUUAUUUAUUUUAUAUUAAGAAAAUUAUAAAGUUUAAGAUAAUUUUUUAAAUAUUAACUAUUAUUAUUAAUAUAUAAAAUAAAAAAAUUAUAAUAAAUAAAUCAUAUAUCUUAUCUGAC